GGAAGCGGAAGCCCAUUUAUUAGGUACCACCGACUCCAACGUCAACUUCCUCUGUUCAGACCCAUUUCCUCCACAAUUAAGCACCAAUUACAGGAAAAGGUUUCGGCAAAUAUCGAGUUGCUUCAUCAGCGAUGGCGGACUCCAGCCCAAUCACAGUCCUCCUCACCGGCGCCAGUGGUAGAACUGGACAAAUUGUUUAUCAGAAGUUGAAGGAAAGGACAGACCAGUACGUUACUAGAGGUUUGGUCAGGACAGAGGAGAGCAAGGAGAAAAUUGGGGGUGCAGAUGAUGUUUUUGUUGGGGAUAUAAGGAAUGCAGAUAGCAUUGUUCCUGCAUUCCAAGGAAUUGAUGCCCUUAUAAUUCUCACAAGUGCAGUGCCAAAAAUGAAGCCUGGGUUUGAUUUGAGUAGAGGUGGAAGGCCGGAGUUCCAUUUUGAAGAUGGAGCAUACCCUGAACAGGUUGACUGGAUUGGGCAGAAGAAUCAAAUAGAUGCUGCUAAAGCUGCAAACGUGAAGCAAAUUGUUCUUGUUGGGUCAAUGGGAGGAACAAAUCCUAACCACCCCUUGAACAGCUUGGGGAACGGGAAUAUUUUGAUCUGGAAGAGAAAGGCUGAACAGUAUCUGGCUGACUCAGGAGUUGCAUACACAAUUAUAAGGGCAGGAGGUUUGCAAGACAAAGAAGGUGGUGUCCGAGAACUGCUAGUUGGAAAAGAUGAUGAGCUUCUUCAGACUGAAACAAAGACCAUUACUAGGGCCGAUGUUGCUGAAGUCUGCAUUCAGGCGCUACAGUUUGAGGAGGCCAAAUUUAAGGCAUUUGACUUGGCCUCAAAGCCAGAGAGAGCUGGCACACCUACAAAGGAUUUCAAAGCUUUGUUUUCUCAGAUCACUGCCCCUUUUUGAUACACAACGGUUUUAUCUAUCUAUCUAUAUAUAAUUUAUUGAAUUCGAAGUUGGUUUUUUAGUUUUAUUUGAUCGGUUCACAUUGUGAUUCAGAUCUUUUAUCUCGAACAACACAAGUAGAACUUGUUUCCCCGCAAGCUUGUAUGCUAUAUAUUGUAGAAGGGAUAUUAUAAGUUGAAGCAACAUCGACAGCUGGGGCGUUCUCCAGGGAACUUAUCCAUUCAAAUGAAUUAGGUAUUACUGUUACAGAACUUA